UUAAACAAUAAUAGCACUUAUUAUUGUUGGCUUAGUUUGGAGACAGGUUGUUACCUUCCUGUUUAGCUCUUUUUCACUUGGUUGCCAGGGUGACACGUCUGAAAAGCGUAGCCUACCUGCUCCACACAGUAAACAUACUUCUUUUUUUUCUGUUUCGUGUUUUGCCAAGAGACCGGGCUGAGUAAGAGGGGGGGGGGGGAAGAGGUGUUCAUUGCAGCACACUCACACUCACUCACUUCCACUUCUCCCAGAAGAAGAGGGCUGCAGCUUCAUCACCAUGUCGCGGCUCUCGGAAGAGGGCGACAGGGUCCGCUGCGAAGAAAUCAGCGGAAGGCGCUACUUGAAAUAAAUGGUCGCCGGUAAAUGACAGGAUACAUGGAGAUAACACAAGUCUGCGCCUGUGAGAAAUCUGUGCAAGGGAAACCCUCGGGAGGUCCCAGGAGAAGAUGGAGGCAUUCUGGAGAAGAAAACCUCAUGUUGAGAAAGAGCGCCGUGUGAAAGCCAACGCGUGGGACUACAAUGACAGGUUCUCUUAUGCCGAUAAUCGCAUCAAAACCUCAAAGUACAAUAUCUUCACCUUCCUGCCCAUCAACUUGUUUGAGCAGUUCCAGAGGGUGGCAAACGCUUACUUCUCAGUGCUCUUAAUACUGCAGUUAAUUCCAGAAAUAUCCUCCCUGUCCUGGUUCACAACCAUCGUGCCUUUGGUGUUUGUGCUUGUGAUCACGGCUGUUAAGGACGCCACAGAUGACUAUUUCCGAUACAAGAGCGACCAACAAGUCAACAACCGGCAGUCACAGGUUCUCAUCAGAGGAAGUUUGCAGAAUGAAAAAUGGAUGAAUGUUCGAGUAGGGGAUAUCAUCAAACUAGAGAACAAUCAGUUUGUUGCUGCAGACAUCCUCCUUCUCUGUAGCAGUGAGCCUUAUGGUCUGUGCUAUGUUGAGACUGCAGAGCUAGAUGGAGAGACCAAUCUAAAAGUCCGCCAGGCUUUAACCGUUACCUCAGAUUUGGGAGACAUUUCUAAACUGAUGGACUUUGAUGGAGAAGUCAUUUGUGAGCCUCCAAACAACAAGCUGGAUAGGUUUACUGGAACAUUAUACUGGAAAGGCAAUAAAUAUCCUCUGGAUAAUGAAAAAAUGCUUCUGCGGGGCUGUGUACUCAGAAACACUGAGUGGUGCUUUGGAAUGGUCAUAUUUGCUGGCUCACAAACCAAACUGAUGCAGAACUGUGGAAGGACGAAACUGAAAAGGACCAGUAUUGACAAACUCAUGAACACUCUGGUUUUGUGGAUUUUUGCCUUCCUUAUUUGUAUGGGAGUUGUUUUGGCAAUUGGACACACUAUUUGGGAGACGUAUGUUGGCACAAACUUCAGAGUGUUUUUGCCGUGGGACACGUUCCAGAUUAGCGCUGUGUUCUCUGGAUUCCUCACCUUCUGGUCCUACAUCAUCAUCCUCAACACUGUUGUGCCCAUCUCGCUGUAUGUCAGUGUGGAAGUCCUGCGACUUGGUCACAGUUACUUCAUUAACUGGGACCGGAAGAUGUACCACAGCCCGAUGGGCACUGCAGCCGAAGCUCGCACCACCACCCUGAAUGAGGAGCUGGGCCAAGUGGAGUUCAUCUUCUCUGACAAGACAGGCACCCUGACCCAGAACAUCAUGGUCUUCAGCAAGUGCUCCAUUAAUGGACAGAUGUAUGGUGAUGUCUACGAUGAAUUUGACCAGAAGGUGGAAAUUACAGAGAAAACAGCCUGCGUGGAUUUUUCCUUCAACCCUCUCUGCGACAGAAGGUUCAAGUUUUUCGACAGCAGCUUGGUCGAAGCCAUCAAAAUGGAGGAUCCUGCAGUGCAGGAGUUUUUCAGGCUGCUGGCCUUGUGUCACACUGUCAUGCCAGAGGAGAAGAGCGAAGGAAAUUUGGUGUACCAGGCACAGUCACCUGAUGAGGGAGCACUGGUCACUGCGGCGCGAAACUUUGGGUUUGUCUUCCGGGCGCGAACCCCAGAAACCGUCACACUGUGUGAGAUGGGACGAACCGUCACCUACCAGCUUCUGGCCAUACUGGACUUCAACAACGUGCGCAAGAGAAUGAGUGUCAUUGUGAGAAGCCCAGAAGGCCAGAUUAAACUCUACUCCAAAGGCGCUGACACGAUUAUUUUUGAACGUCUGGAUCCAUCCAGUGAAAACCUUAUGUACACUACCUCAGAACACCUCAGUGAAUUUGCUGGGGAAGGGCUUCGAACAUUAGCUCUGGCCUACAAAGACCUCGAUGAAGAUUAUUUUAAAGUUUGGAUGAAGAGGCUUCUCUUUGCCAGCACUGUAAUAGAGAAUCGUGAAGAUCAGCUUGCUGUCCUUUACGACGAGAUCGAACUGGGCAUGAAGCUUCUAGGAGCCACGGCAAUUGAAGACAAACUUCAGGAGGGAGUUCCAGAGACCAUCGCCUGCCUAAAUCUAGCUGACAUUAAAAUCUGGGUCCUUACAGGGGACAAACUAGAGACAGCAAUGAACAUUGGGUACUCCUGCAACAUGCUGCGAGAUGACAUGAAUGAGGUGUUUGUUAUCUCCGGCCACUCCCUGCAGGAUGUGCAGCAGCAGCUCAGGAGCGCCAAAGAGCACAUCCUCGGCCUGAGUCGCGUGAGCAGUGCAGGACAUGUUGAGAAGACUGAUGCGUUUGCAGAUGAUUCUGUGUUUGAAGAAGCUAUAAUUGCAGAGUAUGCCUUAGUUAUCAAUGGACACAGUCUGGCUCACGUUCUGGAGCCCCAGCUGGAGCACAUCCUGUUGGAUUUGGCCUGUCUAUGUAAAACGGUGAUCUGCUGCCGGGUAACGCCAAUGCAGAAAGCUCAGGUGGUGGAGCUGGUAAAGAGGCACAAGAGAGCUGUCACCUUGGCCAUAGGAGAUGGAGCCAAUGAUGUCAGCAUGAUCAAGACUGCUCACAUCGGUGUUGGGAUCAGCGGACAGGAGGGGAUGCAGGCUGUUCUGGCCUCAGAUUACUCCUUUGCCCAGUUCCGGUACCUGCAGAGGCUCUUGCUGGUUCACGGACGCUGGUCUUACUUCCGCAUGUGUAAUUUUCUGGGAUAUUUCUUCUACAAGAACUUCGCCUUCACCCUGGUGCACUUCUGGUACGGUUUCUUCUGCGGCUUCUCAGCUCAGACUGUGUAUGACCAGUGGUUCAUCACCCUCUUCAACAUUGUCUACACAUCGCUGCCAGUACUAGCAAUGGGACUGUUUGAUCAGGAUGUCAAUGACCAGAACAGCCUUCGCUACCCAAGUCUGUACAAACCCGGCCAGCAAAACCUUCUCUUCAACAAGCGUCAGUUUUUCCUGUGCACACUGCAGGGGAUGGCCACGUCAUUCCUGCUUUUCUUCAUUCCCUACGGGGCUUUCCCUCUCAUGGUGAAAGAAGACGGCUCCCCCUUUUCAGACCAACAGGCGUUUGCCGUCACCAUAGCAACGUCCUUGGUCAUUGUUGUAAGUGUUCAGAUCGGACUCGACACGCACUACUGGACUGCAGUCAAUCACCUCUUCAUAUGGGGGAGCCUGAUGGUGUACUUUGCCAUAUUAUUUGCAAUGCAGAGCGACGGCUUGUUUGGCAUUUUUCCGAGCAGUUUCCCAUUUAUCGGCACGGCUCGUAACUGUCUGUCAGAGAAGAGUGUGUGGUUGGUUGUUCUGCUCACCACUGUGGUGUGUGUUAUGCCUGGCUUAGUCGUCAGGUUCCUCAGAGUGGAUCUCUUCCCGACGUUGACAGACAAGGUUCGUCGUCUCCAACAGUCCAGGAAGAAACAAGGACCUCAGGAACAGAACCUGAGGCGAGUACGCAGGACAAGCUCCCGCCGCUCUGCCUACGCCUUCUCCCACCAACAGGGCUUCGGCGAGCUGAUUACCUCAGGCAAAAACAUAAGGAGGAGCACAGUCUCUUCACUUUGCUCUCCCGAAAGAAUAGCACAAAGCCACAGCUCCAGCUGGAUAGAAAACAUGUUAAAGAGGAAGAAUGAAGUUUCCUGUGCCUCACCUGAAAGUGAAGGUGGAGCACCAAAAAGCGGCAACAGAGCAAUACAGACUCGAAGCAAAAAAAGCACGCAGACUGAACUCGACAUUUAAGACACUGCAUACAGUAAAGGGUACCGUAUGCAUGGAUCCUACAGACCAAGCACAAUUCUGAGUGAAUCUUUGCUCAAAUCAGCUACACAAAUGUACCUCAGUUAUUUUUGUUGUUGUUGUUUUUUUUUUAAAAAGUGCGAGUUAUGCGGACACUGAAUGUUAUAAAUGCCAGCCAAAACAUAAUUAAACGAGGGAACCAUUCCCGAAUGAACAAAGAAAUUGGCAAACCCUCACUCUGACAGCAUAGGUUAUUUUUCAUGACAAUAUUUGCAUGAAUUGCAAAAGUUAAAGAAACAUUUAUCGUUGCUCAGAAAUAAUCCAGUUUGACCUUAGUUUUGUACCAUUAUAAUGGCAUGGCCUCUUCUGAUUAAUAAAGACGUUUCAGUACUUUUAGCUGUUACAAAACAAACCUUUGUGCAAUAAAAACAAACGCAGUUCCCAAAAAAGUCAGAACGAUGUAUAAAAUGUAAACAACGGCAGAAUGGCAAUCAUUUGCAAAUCUCACACCCAUAGUGUAUUCACAAUACACCACAGAAAACUUAGCAGAUGUUUAAACUCAGGAAACAUUUGAAGAAAAACAUUUGAUUUUAAAUUUGAUGCCAUCAACACAUCUCAAAAAAGCUGGGACAUGGCCAUGUUUAUCACAAUAUAGCAUCUGUCCUUAAACAUCUGGGAACUAAAGCUGCUGAACUUUUGGGUUUAAUAUAUCCCAGAGGAGACGGCAGCGUUUCUAGAUCGUGUUCGCAUUUGUCGAUGGACCAGUGAACUGUCUUCUCACACAAUGAUUUCUGAAACUGUGCAGUGAUUUCUGUGGCAGAAUUUUUGGCCUCACCCCCUGAGCACAGAGAUUUCUCCAGAUUCUCUGGAUCUUUUGAUGAUAUAAUGUACUGUAUAGAUUAGACAUUCAAAGUCUUUGCAAUAUUACAUCGAGGAACAUUAUCCUGAAAAUUUUCCACAAUUUGUAUACAGUUUUUUUCAUAUCCAAUCAUCUUACUCAGCCUAAUUAGCUGUUGCCCAACUUUUCUGAAAUAUGUUGCUGUCAUCAAAUUGAAAUUGAAACAAUAUUUCUCAUCAAAUAGUAAAAUGUCUCAGUUUAAUCAUUUGACAUGCUUUCUAGGUUUUAUCGUGUGGGUUUGAGAUUCGCAGAUCAUCGCAUUUUGUUUUUAUUUACAUCUUACACAGUGCCCCAAUGCCCCAACUCUUUUAGGGCCGGGCUCGUAAAUUACAAAAGGGAAGAUCGCCCUGGCCACAAGUACAAAAUGCACCAUCUUUAAAAACUAUGCACUGAAACACACUUUCUUCUUAACAUACAUCCAAAGUGCUAAAAAAUAAGUAUUGUAAAUACUGAAGUAAUGCUGCUGAAUAGGAUGGUAAGCACAAUUAAUUACAGAUUUUAAACGUUUAAUACAUUUUACAGUUUGUGGCAUACAGCAUACCACAAUGACACUGCUCUGAGAUCCAUUGCCCUGUGCUGUGCCUUUAAUAGUUUCUGUUAAAGACAGCUCUCUUCUAUUUAAUAUGUCAUCUCUGAUUUGGCCUGAGUAUAUUUAAGGACAAAGUAAAACUGGAAUGCAUGGCUUGAGUAAGACAUAAGAAAAUAAGUGAGGUUUGAUCAUACAUCGAAGAAGUGGAUAAGUUUUACAUUUAAAAAUUACUUAAACCAUCCCAGUUUUUUGAAGUAGAUAAUUGUUCAUAAAAGAGAUGCAAACACAGGGCAGGUAAAAUAUGAUAUAAUAAAGGCUUUUGAGCGUUUUGCCAUUGAUGGAUUCAUAAGGAAAGAAUGAGAUAUACCCCUAGCUGAAAACCCUCACAUAGUGGUGUUCUUCUUUCAACUGCUUUCAUUAGGGGUCCAUCUCAGCCUAUCUUCCUCUGUCACACCAACCUCUCUGCAUGUCCUCCUCCACCACAUCCAUGAACCUCCUUCCUCUUCUCCUCCUGCCUGGCAGCUUCAUAUUAUAAAAUAACCACUCUCUCCUCCACAUCUCCAAACCAUCUCUUGCCUCUCUCACAAACUUAUUUGGAUUUGUAUUUUAACCAUUUACUUGCUUCAUACUUAAUUUUUAUUAUCAUUUUACAUGAAUAACAUGUAAAAGGGGCCACUCUUAUGUACUACGAAACUAAAAAAUGCCCCCCCCCCCAACACACACACUUCUUUGGAAUAUGAUGCAUAGACCUCUAAGCCUCCAACAAUCAAUGCUCUUUUAUGAAGUAAAAAAUAUUACUGUGCAGAAGUUGACAUCCAGCAUUUGAGCCUUUUGAAUGUCUUUAAUACACUACAACCCCAACACUCUGCGUUUCCAUUAAUGCACAUGGAGAGAAGUUUUUUUUUUUUGCCUUUUAAUGUUAGUGUCUGAAAUUUUAAUUUAGAUGAAUUUUAUACAGCACAAGUUUGUUUUUGUUGCUGUUUUUCUUACAUUUGCUGUCUUUUUGUUUAUGAGAGAAAUGUGCAGACAGACAAUGACUUCUCAACAAAAUCUUUCAUUAUAAUAAAAAA